CGGCGGCGCGGCGCGCUGCGGCGGCAGCGCAGCGUCGCCCCGCCAUGGCCGCCCGCUUCCAACGCUCCAGCGGCUCCAGCCUCCGCCCGUGGGCCCUCGCGCUGUCGCUGGCCGCUGCCGGCGCCCUGCUCGCGCCGCCCGCCGCCCCGGCUCACCUCUCCUACAUGGGCGCCUCCAUUGUCGACGGCAGCCUCACAGACGACGAGUGGCCGGCGGUGCGGCGCUCGGGGCCCGGCCAGGAGGCGGCGCAGCAGCAGCAGGGGGCGGCCGCCGGCCCUCCGCCCCCGCCGCUCCCCGUGCAGCUGUGGCCGGCGACUCACCCCGCGGAGCCGCCCGUCAGCCGGCUCGUCUCGUACAAGCGCUACCUGCCCUACCACCCGGUGGCGCGCUUCCGCGGGCUCGGCAUUGAGGCGCGGCCCUUCCUGCAGAUGCUCAUCCAGCCCGAGGACCUGGGGCGGCCCAAGAAGAAGCUGUCGGUGCCGCAGCUGCUGAUGCUGCUCAACCAGCUGUCGAGUGAGGGCGCGCAGGCUGCCGGGGCACGUUCGCAGCGCGUGCGCUUCGGCUUCAGCCGGCGGCGGCGCGUCCAGCAGCAGUGAGAGCCGCCGCGCGCCAGCCGCCGCCUGGAGCCUCCGCCUGGGCCGUCAGCACCUGCCUGCCUGCUCGCUACGUCACGCUGCCUCACCUCACCUCGCCACACCCCACCCCGCCCCGCCACUGAGCCGCCAGCGCUCACUCGUCCGUCGUGCUUCGGCGCCUCGUAUCUACUAUGCAAGCAUUUCACUCUCUCAUCACGGAAUGUAUAAGCUGUGUUAACGACCGUGUGUACUUAAAUACAAGCCUGCGUCGUGAAGUGCAUUAAAGUGUUGUUGGAAACUUUA